AGAACCAAAGUUAAUACCAAACAUCCCCAAGUCUUUAAGACUCUUCUCUCUUUCUAUUCAUAGAGUUCAGACCGUAACGCCCAUCUUCUUGUCUGAAUCUCAAAAGCUUUUCCUCAACACGGAGAUGGCAGACGUUAAACCUAAAAGUCUGAAUAUUGUCAUGUUUCCUUUCAUGGCACAAGGCCAUAUCAUCCCUUUUGUUUCUUUAGCCCUUCGUUUAGAGAAGAUGAUCAAGAAGAACAAGAACAGAGAAGACAACCUCAUCCUCUCUCUUGUCAACACUCCUUUGAACAUGCCCAAACUACGUUCCAAACUUCCUCCUGACUCCUCGAUAACACUCAUCGAGUUGCCUUUCAACAGCUCCGACCACGGUCUCCCUCACGACGCCGAGAAUUUCGACUCUCUCCCUUACUCUCUCGUCAUCAGCCUCCUCGAAGCUUCAAGAUCCCUCCGUGAGCCCUUUCGAGACUUGCUCACUAAGAUCUUGAGAGAAGGAGAUGAUGUUGUGGUGGUUGGAGAUUUCUUCUUGGGCUGGAUCGGUGAGGUUUGCAAAGAGGUUGGUGUUUCUUCGUUUAUCUUUAGCGCUUCUGGUGCUUUUGGGUUAGGUUGUUAUAGAUCCAUUUGGCUUCACUUGCCGCACAAAGAAACCGAACAAGAUCAGUUUCUAUUACAUGAUUUUCAAGAAGCAGGGGAGAUUGAGAAGACUCAGUUGAACUACUUCAUGUUAGAAGCUGACGGAAGCGAUGAAUGGUCGGUUUUCAUGAAGAAAAAUCUGCCAGGAUGGUCUGAUUUCGAUGGAUUCUUGUUCAAUACGGUUGAGGAAAUUGAUCACAUCGGUUUGUCUUAUUUUCGUAAAACAACCGGUGGUAAACCGGUUUGGCCGGUCGGACCGGUUUUACCCGAUGCUGGCUCGAGGUCGACAGAGGAAGGUGUGAAGGCAUGGCUCGACACAAAACCGGACCAUUCGGUUGUCUACGUGUGUUUUGGUUCGAUGAACUCUAUUUCUCAAACUCACAUGUUGGAGCUGGCUAUGGCGUUAGAGAGUAGCGAGAAGAACUUCAUAUGGGUGGUGCGGCCACCAAUGGGCGUGGAGGCGAAUAAAGACUUUGAUGUGAAAGAGUAUUUACCGGAAGGGUUUGAAGAAAGAAUCAAGAAAUCAAGAAGAGGAGUGAUUCUGAAGAAAUGGGCGCCACAGGUUGAUAUAUUGUCACACAAGGCAACAUGUGUGUUUUUGAGUCAUUGUGGUUGGAACUCGAUACUCGAGUCGCUUAGCUACGGUGUGCCAUUGCUCGGAUGGCCUAUGGCGGGGGAGCAGUUCUUUAAUUCGAUAUUGAUGGAGAAACAUGUUGGGGUAUCGGUUGAGGUGGCGCGUGGUAAGAGGUGUGAUAUCAAAUGUGAUGAGAUUGUUUCUAAGAUCAAGCUGGUGAUGGAGGAGGAGAGCGAGGUAGGGAGAGAGGUUAGGAAGAAGGCUAAAGAGGUGAAGGAGUUAGUAAGGAGAGCGAUGGAUGAUGGAGUUAAUGGCUCUUCUGUUAUUGGUCUGGAAGAGUUUAUUAGCCAUGCAACGGUCAAGAACGAGAAGAGUUAAGACACUAGUUAAUAGAUGCAUGGUUUGUAUAAGGAUCUUAUUGGGAAUCACAUUAUUAGAAAAAAUGAAUAACUAUGACCGGUGGUUAUACCACACAAGUGUUGUGAUAGAAGAACUACUCUUUUCAUAAAGUGUUAGAUACUCUUUUGUUUGUUGAGUUGGACACACAUGGGCACAAGAGUUUAUAUCUGUAUCUUUCACAUCGAAUAAUAUGUCUGAAGAAGUAAGGUGUGUU